UGAACAGCCAGCUUGUGAAGCUGAACCUCCUGCUGGUGACCGACUCACUCGCCGCUCACGCACUCACACACACUCACUCACUCACUCUCUCUCUCACUCACUCACUCACUCACUCACUCACUCACUCAUACUCUCAUUCAUACUCUCAUUCAUACUCUAAACCUCGCCAGGUUGGGGACACGUCGUUAUCGUCUGUGACAGUGCCGACUUCUCUGGUGUUGUGUGAAGGAAGUGUACACCUGGAUUGUGUGUCUGUGUGUGUGUUCUGUUGUGGUGACGGUGUGUACGACGACAGUGAUCACCGACCGAGAGUUGGUGCCAGACACCCAACAUUCCAUUUGGAGUUGUUUCGACCAGUGAUUCCUCAUGUGGAUAUUUAAUAUUUAUUAUAAUGAACCUACACUUACAUUCCAGUGGAGUUUUUCUUUCGUUGUUAACGAUUUCUAAAAUGGAUACAUUCGCCCGAAGGACUUAAUUGAUUCGUGAAAUGGAUACAAUCGUGGAUGCGUCUGAUUUCUGAACUGGAUACAUUCUUACAAGUUACACCGGGUUUGUUCCUACUUUGGUCACAUCCUCGUAAUAAAGUUGUUUCUGUGUGUCACCUGGAUUGAAUUCGUUCCUGCACUGGGUGUGUUCCUACUUUGGUCACCUUCUCGUCUGUCUAGUUGUUCCCGUAUGUCACUUGAAUUGGAUGUGUUCCUGCACUGGAUGUGUUCCUACUCUAGUCACACUCUUGUAUAGCCGUCCCCGUGUGUCCUCGCUUGGCGUAGAGAACGUUCCCCAGCUCUCACUUCUACCCCAAUGAUAUCAUCAUCGUACGGUUUUUGUGUGUCGGCUGUUGAGAAGUUGAUGAACUGGAGGACAUAUUUAUUGACCACUGGAGUCACCGCCAUGCAAACAUUAUGAAGAAGUGAGGUGGAUAGUACAACAGCAGCUGACGUUUUGUCGAGAGAGUUUGGAACCAGGGCCUUGUGACUAGUAUGUUGGAUACCCUGCCGUUCUCCGUAAGCUGUGGGAGGUGCCUGGUGUAGCAGGCUGCGUCUUCUAGGAGGUUGGAACCCGAGCUCUCUGACUGACAUGUCGGCUACUAGGACUGUCUCCGUAAGCUGUUAGAAGUCGGUAGUCUAGCAGGCUGCGUGUUGUGAGGGGUGAGAGUUUUGAACCUGAACCGUCUGACUACCAUGUUUAUGUGGCACACCUCAAUAAACUCUUGAAAGUGUGUACUACUGUAGUGUAUCAGCCUGUGUGUGGUGAGGGGUGAGAGAUUUGAACCCGAACCUUCUGUCUACCGUGUUGGUUAUUUGGAACAGCUCAAUGCACACUUGGAAGUGUGCAUUUUAGAGUUUCAGGCUGUGUGGUGAGGGGUGAGAGGUUUGAACCCGAACCUUCUGUCUACCAUGUUGGUUAUUUGGAACAGCUCAAAUCACUCUUGAAAGUGUGCACUACUGUAGUGUAUCAGGCCUUGUGUGGUGAGGGGUGAGAGGUUUGACCCCGCGCCGUGUGAGGGCGGGUCCGGGAAGUGAUGUCCAUGAAGGAACGACGCAACGUCACCUUUGAGGAGCCGGAGGUGAAGCAACAGCAGCGCCGCCGACCGCCCGAGACCAACAACAACAACCACACCCACAACAACAACAGCAGCAGCAACAGCAAAAACAGCAACAACAACAACAAUAACAACAGUAGUAGCAAUAACAACAACAAUGAGGAGAGUAGCGGAAGCAGCAGCCGGACCAGGUCACGUGGUCGCUCCCGCUCCUGGUCUCGAUUUCGCGCCCGCCGCUCCAAGUCCCAGGAUGUGAGGGGUUCGAACUCCAACGCCUCGCCGUCCGGCUGGGGAGGUGUUGGUGGAGGUGGUGGGGGUCGAGCCGGUUCCCAACAGCCGGCGAAGCGAGAGAGGAGUCUGGUCAACCUGGUGAGGACGGGCUCCAGGAACUCGGUGAGGAGUCUGGUCAAGUUGUUUGAGACGAGAUCGGUGAGUACUGGGCUUGAUUUAUCUACACGCCGUGCAUGGCUGGUGAGUGCACAAUGCACGCUCGCUCGCACGCGCGCACACAUACGUGCACGCAUAUUUUGA